AAAAUUUGGGAUGGCAAUCAAAAUAAAGAACUAGAAAAAUCUAUGCUAAAAUUCUACUCAACUGUAAAAUAUGUAAAACCCGAAGCAAGUCGAUCAGAUUCGGCAGAAAAAUACUUACUUGCACGGGGUUUUAAAGGUUUAGUUAAAUUACUAGGUAUAAAUUACUACAUAUCUUAUUAAAUGUCAAGAAAAAUUUUGAAAUAUGUCUUCAAAAUAUACUUUUUAUCAUCUAUCAAACAAGCAAUCAUCUGGUUUAAACUUAACAGAAACUCAAGAUUUAUUAUUUAAGUGGUCAAUGAAGAAAUGUUUGCAAAUUACUUAUUAUGCAUUUAAUCAAGAAUUUUCUGAUAGUGACGUGAAUCAGUUUAUACUAGAUUUUUUUCAAGACAAAAAUGUUACUUGUUUAUUACAAACCAGUCCUAAUAUAUUAUUAGAUUGCGAAAUCACAAGAGUUAAAGUAGAAGAAAUCUCUUGCGUCAUUACUUCAAUGGAUUUCUUUGAUAAACUAUUAAAUCCAAUUAAUAAUAUCGUUUCUCAUGGUAAAGAUAGAGAAGGAAAUACUUUAAUCCGACAGUGUGAGGAAGUCUCGAAAAAUGGAAUUUAUAUAACUAAUGUUUUAAAAAAGGUAUUAUUAGAUGACGAAUGCGAAGAAUAUUCUUUGUAUAACAGCGAAGAACGAGAAGAAUUCAUUUUCAAGUUAUUGACCCAUUUUGUAAUUGGUGGAACGUGGUGUCAAGAUGAUGUUACCAUUGAACCAUAUUUAAAUACAACAAAAAAUAUUUAUAAAGAUUUAAUUUCAGUUGAAAAAAAUUUGGAGUUCAAUAAAAUAUUAGUGGCAUCAAAAGUGUACAAUGUAAUGGCAUUUAAUUCAAAAGACGACAUGGUGUAUCCUAAAGGAUUUACAGACCAUUUUCAAAAUAGUUUUGUGUAUUUAAUAAUUAAUCGUAAAACUCGGACAGUAACAUUAUUUGCUCAUAACGCAGGAAAUACCAUUUAUACUUGAUAAGAAAUUUAUCUAUUUAAUGUAUCUGCUUAAUGAUGGCUCCAAUGUAACAUCAAUGUUCUUUUUUUACUGAUUAUGAAUUGUUCAAUUACAAUUUUUGAUCUUUGAAAAUAUUAACUCUUUAUAUAAAUAUUUCAUUUAUUAAAUAAAAAUAUAAUUUUCAAAAAACAAUUAAAUUUAAAUUAAUUAGCAGAUAAAGAUUGAUGUAUUGUGCUAUGAUCCAUAACAGUAUAUUCGUUAAAUAAAUCUACCCUUAAUAGGUCGAAACAUUUUUUAAUAUUUAUCAAUUGAUUUUAUUUAUCUUAGAGUAAUAAAAUUUUAUAUUAAUAUCAUUGACAAAAUAUAAAUAUUUAUAGAUCAACAUUCCCUAAAACUUCAUAUUAAUCUAUAUCUACAUCAAUGUCUUCCUUGACUAGUGCUAGGUUCAUAUAAAGGAGGGCUACAUUUUCUCUCUGAAUAUAUUAAGAAAUAUUCGACCUAUCAAUUUUUACUCAUAUUAUGCCAGUGACAUUACAUCAGUGUUAGAAUUUAUUUUAUGAAAUGGUCCAUCAUUCUUGAAUUUAAUGACAAAUAAAAAGUAGUUACAGUAUACUAAAGUGGCUACUCCAGUCUUUAUUAUGGUUUAAAUAAAAAUAGGUAAUUGCUAUAAUUUUGUUUAUUUUUAUAAAACAUAAUGAAAAUACUAUAGCUAUACUUUGUUAUAU